UUAUUCAUUAAAUUGUUGUUUUGUAAGACUGGUAUUUUGUAUUUUAUGGGCUGUGUAUGUAUAUAAAUUCAAAAUAAUGUCGAUUCAAGUAGAAAAUAACCUGAAGGAUAGUGAAAAGAAGGAGUUAUUCAAUCAAAAGGCGCACUACAUGCCCUGCCAGAUCGAAGCGGACGGCCCGGCGAAUGUUAGUGAAUAUUUCGAACCUUAUGUUGGUGAUAAAGACGAUGGAGAGCUAUCAGCUACCUUCCGUGGUCACCCAAUGGACGGAGUGAAAAUGCCUCUACCAGAAGGUUAUACAGCUGUCAUAGUCACUGAGGGCAAGAGACCCUUGGCUGAGGAUGCAGAGAGGAAAUUCCAAGUAACUGGUGGCUUCAAGGAAAUAAUUUAUUGGAAUUGGGACAAGAAACCUUCCAAGAACGACAAUUUAACUAAAGCUAUGGUUUGGAUGGAUAUUGCAGAAGCUAUACAUGGGGACUAAACUUAAAUAUCUUAAAUAAUUGAACAAAAUGUGAUGUUACUCUAAUAAAAAAUGUAUUUAGGCUCAACACACACCUACAGAGUGGAGUGGAUCUGA